AGUCCCGUCUUUCUGCGUUAGGGAGUUUAAACUGAGGCAUGUGCCCUGGCUUAAAGAAUUUUACUGGGGAUUAAAACAGCCGGCACACGCUGGGAGACUCAGUAGAAAGAAACAAAAAGCGAGACGGAAAGUGUAUGAAUAAACCAAGGACUGAACAGAGUGCUCUUGCGUUAGCAGGAUUUAUUUGAAAACAACAGUUCAAGUCUCUGGUUUUGGCGAAGGCAAUGGAAGCGCAGGGAGGUUGCUGACUCGGACCCGGGAGGAGGAAUGUUCCAGACCUUCCGUAAGCACUUUGCAGACCACCUGGCUGAACGUACAACCAGGAGAUCCCGGCUGGUGUCCAAAGAUGGCCACUGCAACAUCGAGCUCGGCCAUGUGGAUGGGAAAAACAGACUGGCCUUCCUGUCCGAUAUCUGGACCACCUUCCUGGAUAUGCGCUGGAGGUACAAGAUGACCAUCUUCAAUGUAGUUUUCCUGGGCUCCUGGUUCAUCUUUGCUGUGUUUUAUUAUGUAAUCGCCUACGUGCACGGGGACCUGCUUGAAUUCGACCCACCCCAGAACCAUACCCCCUGCGUGCUGAAUGUCUUUGGGGUCACCUCUGCGUUCCUCUUCUCCAUCGAGACCCAGAUGACCAUCGGCUACGGUUACCGCUGCAUAACGCCAGAGUGUGGGAUUGCGGUCUUCAUCGUGGUGGUCCAGACUAUAGUGGGGACUUUCAUCAACGCCUUCAUCUGCGGUAUCAUGGUGGCCAAGCUUGCGCGGCCCAUCAAGAGGACUAAGACAAUCUCCUUCAGUAAGACUGCUGUCAUCAGCAACCUCGAGGGCAAGCUGUGUCUUUUCAUCCGGGUAGCCAAUCUCCGCAAGAGCCUUCUGAUCAAUAACUACGUCUACGGCAAGCUCCUGAAGACCACCGUGACCCCAGAAGGCGAGACCAUCGUCCUGGACCAAGUGAAUAUUGAUUUUGUGGUGGACGCCGGCAAGGAGAACAUGUUCUUCAUCUGCCCGCUCACCCUCUUCCACGUAAUCGACAGCUCAAGUCCCUUCUUUGAUAUGUCGAUGGACACCCUUGCCCAGCAGGAAUUUGAGCUGGUGGUCUUCUUAGAUGGGAUUAUGGAGUCUACUAGCACCUGCUGCCAGGUGCGGACUUCCUAUCUGCCUAAGGAGAUCCAGUGGGGGUACCGCUUUGCCCCCAUUGCCUCCAAGUCCAAGCAAGGAAAGUACUCUGUAGACUUCGCAAACUUCAACAAGACAAUUGCGGUGCCCACGCCCCACUGCGCCUUCUGCUUCCUCGACGAGAAGGGGCACAGAGAGGAACCCAAAAAAGGGUAUGAUAAUGCAGCCUUCCAACACAGUACCGAAACACCAAUGGAUGACACCAAAAUGUGAGUGAAGGAUUGAGGAGGGUGGGCACUUCUGAAGCAGGAUCACCAGGGGAAUUAACUUGGAGGUCUUUCCAUGGUUUAGUGCAAAGACAGUCAUGUGUUUUGAUAGUUUUAUUCAGUGUAAAGUUACAAAUGUUUUUAAACUGUUGUCCAAGGAUUGGGGCUUGGUGGGUGGGAUGAAUGCAUUUCAACUGUGGUUCAAUUUUCUGAAGGACAGCAAGGAGAACUCAUUGGAAUUUAACUGUUAGCUUCAAGUCAUAUUACAAUAAAUGAAAGAUUUUACAAAGUAGAUUUGCAACACCGGGGCCCCCUUUGAGCAAUGGUUCCUCUGCUCCCCAGUUCUUGCAGUGUGCGAAAUAAGCUUCAUGUUGAUCAGUACAGGUUCAUUUAACUCCAACCACAAGUGUUUGCAAAAUAGAGACUUUUCAGCACCUGAACUUGAACUUCCUUUGUAUGGUUUAUAGGAUCCUUGUUCUCUAAUAUGAAGUUUUUACUUGAGUUGAAGUGCCUUCCAAUUGUCGUGACAACAAAAGAAGAAGAGUUUUUUUUUUCACAAAGCUGUCGCUAGAAGAGAACUGUGGACUCAGCUUGAUUUAUCCUUACCCACCUGGAGUCUUGUCAGUGGUACAGAAAUUCAUUGAACUAACUCAGGAUUGAGCAAUGAAACAAUAAAAGACAAUUGAAUACAAAAAUCAAGUUUUCAGUUUAGACUUAAAAGAAUCCACUAUUUCAACCUGCCUGAUGCCGACUGGAAUAGAGUUCCACAAACAAGGAGCUCAGAGACAAAAAGCCCUGGCUCCAGAUGGUUUAAGAUUUUUUGGAAACACACUUUGUAUCAUUUUUUCUUUUUCUGUCCUCAGCUACUAGUCAUGUCUGACCUCCAAGUUACACUCAAGUGUAACUAUUAAACUUGUCCCCCCUGCAACACUGCCUCUUCCGCUGAAGACGGGAUCUUCAAGAAGGUUAGACAUAGAAGAAUGAUGAGAAAAUGAUACAAAGCAGAUCUAAGCAACAGUAAGAAUGUGUUAGUUAAUACAACUGGUAUUUCAUACCCACCCUGAGCUGCUCUUUAAAGAAAGCUGCUAUUUAAAACCAGCUGUGCACAUUCCAAACAUAUAAGGUCUUAAAAUGUUUUAUUAUCUUAAGCUGAGGGAACACAAAGCCAGUUUUUCAGGAACAGUGGCGCGAAACCUGGUUCCAGGGGACAGGCAGACCUAGCAGCCUUUGCUGUAUCAAACCCCAAGUCUCCUUUGGUGUGCCGUGGCCUGAAACCUUCUCUCCUGAAAUCGAGUUCCCAGCCACAAAGAGGCUUCGUGUUCCCUCAGCUUUAGAAUCCCUUUAGUUCCCUGCAGUUUUAAAAUUGCUAAAUGUCAGAUCUACAGCACGUUUCACUGCGUGACGCAUUCCAUGAAUAAAAAGAAUAUUAAAAGUGAAAACUAGAUCUGCAAUAGUCUCUUCUGUUGGUAACAAACAGAGGCUGCCACAGUUUCUGGGUCUAGCACAUAGGGAUGAAAGCUGUAAAGGCUGCACAGUGAUUUGGCUUUCCCCGGGACAUGUUUUAAAACUCCAAACAGCUGAGAAAUGCUUCAUAAAUAUCAAGCGUAUUGAAUUGAUGUAAAGGUUGUAAUAUGUGGCAUACAAGUAAGACUCUCACUCAUGCUGCUAAAUGCUUCCAAUAUUAACACGAUUAGAAUGAUCACAGACUAUGGGUAUUCUAUUUGUGAAGAUAUUAAAGAUGCAUUGAAUAUUCAACACAGGCAAGGCACCUGUCUAUCCCCUUUGGUCACAAUUGUUAUAUUUCAUCUGAUCAGAAUUUAUGCAUGCAUUAUAAAGUACAGCAUAGAAAUGAAACAGUUACGGUAUGCUGUGCAAUUACACAUGUUGCUGAGGUAAGAGGAUAUUCUCAGGAAAGAUAACAGGGUGAACUUGCUAAGUCAUUUCAUGGAUUUGCUCAAACUAGGCAAACAAUUGCAAACCCCUUGAUUUGACAUUCUUUACCAGGCUAAAUAUUUUGCGAUGCUUUUACCAUGGUACACCACAGUAAAUAAUAACAAGAGUUGUCAUUAUUAUUAUUGAUUUAGUUGACAGGCACCUUUAGACUGUUCACGCACUGGAGGUUGACUCUCUUUGUGAUCUUACUGUAAAUGUACACCAUAUGAAUAAGCGCUCAAACAAACUGUCAACUGACUGCCCUCAUGGGCCAACUGCGCAGUAACAGGCAGGUGAAUUUGCUUGUUAUUUACCACUGUGUGCAGUAUGUUGGUCUGUUUUUAAAAGAUGCAAACAGUUCGGAUUAUACUGCAAAUCCUAAUGCUAUUAAAUAAAGUCAUAUAUGGACGUAUUUAUUUUA